UGAGAUUCCUGGUUCUGGUCCUGCCCUCACAUACAGCGCCAUUUUAGAGUCUGCAGUCAGGAGGAAGUGAUGGUGUUCAAGUGGGAGCUGGAAGGAUCUCGUUGGUCAUUCCUCCAUUAGAACUGUUCUGCGCCCUACCCAGCAGGUGGGCUACCCAGGCUUUGUUUAAAGGCUCUCUACCUUUGCACCCCCUUCCCCCAGUGAGGGGAGCUCACUGCCUCAUUCCCCUUUGGGUAGUUCUCCCUGUUUUUGAGUUCAUCUUAAAUUUUUCCUUCCAGAACUUUCUACUUGUUUCACCUAAUUCUUUCCUCUGAUUCCAAAUAGAACAAACCUAAUUCCUCUUCCAAAUAAAAGCCCUUCAAAAACCUGAAAUUCGCUGGUGGGCACCCCUUGUGGCUUCUUCCGUCCCCCCGUUUCCCUGGCUCCCUUCUCUGGUGCAGCCUCCCCUUGGCAGAAGGCUUUCUGAGCCCCUCCUCCGGAAGCCCCAUUCCCUUUACUCUGUAUGUAUCUUGUUAUUCCGCAGUUAGAUAUGCUGAUCAGAACGCUGGCUCCUUGUUUUUGCCUUUCUUGAAUCCUCAGCCCUUCUGGUACCCAGGGCAGCAGGUGGCUCAGUGCAGCGUGCCUGGCCUGGAGUCAGGAAACCUGAGUACAAAUUAAGGGUCAGAUCCUGGCUGGGUGACAAACAAGUCACUCAGCCGUGGUUGCCCCCAUCUCCUCCUCUGUACAACAAACUGGAGCGGGCAGUGGCCAGCCACUCCGGCCCCUCUGCCAGGAGUCAGACAUGACUGAGACAACAAACGGCGGCAAUCCCCAGCUCCUGGCACAGCGCCUGGCCCGGAGCAAGGAAUCAAGUGAUGAAAUAAGCCUUCCUGGUGCCUUCAGUGGCUUCUCAUGGGGCACUGAGGCUUCUUCACACUGGACAUUGUCCUAAAACAUGGUGCCAGGUCACACAACUAGGAAGAAGAGCUGCGUUUCCCCAGGGGUGCAUGCCUAGGAAGUAGGGAUGGAAGGCCCACCGAUUGCCUUGGUGCCUCCUGGAGUUAGUCUGGCUUAGGGGCCCCUGCCUCCAUCCCAAGACUUUUAGCACCCCGGUUUGGGGCCGAGGAGGGAGCCUAUUGGCCAGCAGUGAACCUAAGGGCUGGAGCAAUGGCAGGAACUUUCUGUACUUUAUUAUGGAAACCAGGAAGUUCUCUCCUGCAUUUUCAAGAAUCCCUCGCGGUUCUACCAAUCAAAUACGCUGUGGUCAGCAGGUGUUUGAGAAUCUGAGGCGGGGCAUCGGGAAAAGGGGAAAUUGCAUGCCUUAGGAAACAUUAAAUAAGCUGCCCCCAGCCCAGAUCCUCCUUAGGCAGCUAGCUUUCCUUCCCCUCAGAGGUUUCUGUUGUGGGCCAGUUGUCUGGGAGGCUUGCAGAGCAGCCCAUUCAGUGUAAGGCAUCUGCCCCCCGGUCUGGAGAGGCCCCCUGAAGCCCUUUGUUCAUUGGAGACUGGUGGACCCCGCGCAGAGAAGGGCUGGCGGGGCUGUGGUUCACCAGCAGCCUUGGGUCCCCGGCCUCCCAGCGGCAGUCCCGCAGGCACUCCUUCCCAAUGAGGCUCCACCUGCUCACCUCUCUCUCUGGAGGGGCCUUGCCCUGGUUUGGGGGGGACCGGAGAAGGCUGGCAGAUUUUUCCACCCAGGUCAAUUCCACAUCCCUGAAUUCCCCCACUGGCAGAGGGUCCAUGGCUGCCCCCUCCCUGCACCCGUCCAUUGGCCCCGGCCUUGGCUCGUCCCUCGGAUCAUCCAGCCAGCUGCACUCCCCCAUCAGCACUCUGAGCUCCCCCAUUAAUGGCAUGGGCCCUCCCUUCUCUGUCAUCAGCUCCCCCAUGGGGCCUCACUCAAUGUCUGUUCCCACAACCCCCACCCUUGGGUUUGGGACCGGCAGCCCCCAGCUCAACUCGCCAAUGAACCCUGUCAGCAGCACAGAAGAUAUUAAGCCACCUCUUGGGCUCAAUGGAGUUCUUAAAGUGCCCGCCCAUCCCUCAGGAACCAUGGCCUCCUUCACCAAGCACAUAUGUGCCAUCUGUGGGGACCGCUCCUCAGGUAAACAUUAUGGUGUGUACAGUUGUGAAGGCUGCAAAGGCUUCUUCAAGAGAACGGUCCGCAAGGACCUCACCUACACCUGCCGAGAUAAUAAGGACUGCCUGAUUGACAAACGCCAGAGGAACCGGUGCCAAUACUGCCGCUACCAGAAGUGUCUUGCCAUGGGCAUGAAGCGAGAAGCUGUGCAAGAAGAGAGGCAGAGGGGCAAAGACCGGAAUGAGAACGAGGUGGAAUCAACCAGUAGUGCUAAUGAGGACAUGCCAGUGGAAAAGAUCUUGGAAGCUGAACUCGCUGUGGAGCCAAAGACAGAGACGUACAUUGAGGCAAACAUGGGACUGAAUCCCAAUUCGCCCAACGACCCCGUUACCAACAUUUGCCAAGCAGCAGACAAACAGCUCUUCACCUUGGUGGAAUGGGCCAAGAGAAUCCCCCACUUCUCAGAACUACCCCUGGAUGACCAGGUCAUUCUAUUGCGAGCGGGCUGGAAUGAACUGCUCAUCGCCUCGUUCUCUCACCGCUCGAUAGCAGUGAAAGAUGGGAUCCUUCUUGCCACCGGCCUCCACGUCCAUAGGAACAGCGCUCACAGUGCAGGGGUGGGCGCCAUCUUUGACAGAGUCCUGACAGAACUUGUGUCAAAAAUGCGAGACAUGCAGAUGGACAAGACAGAGCUGGGCUGCCUGAGAGCCAUUGUCCUCUUCAACCCUGACUCUAAAGGACUUUCCAACCCUGCGGAAGUAGAAGCCCUACGAGAGAAAGUUUACGCUUCCCUCGAAGCCUACUGCAAACACAAGUAUCCGGACCAGCCUGGGAGGUUCGCCAAGCUCUUGCUCCGUCUCCCCGCUCUCCGGUCCAUCGGUCUGAAAUGCUUGGAGCACCUCUUCUUCUUCAAGCUAAUAGGAGAUACCCCCAUUGACACCUUCCUGAUGGAGAUGUUGGAGGCACCCCACCAAAUGACAUAGACCAAACCUCACCCCAUUGGGUCAGCCCUUUUCUGUCCAAUGGGGGCAGUCCCCACCUCAAGUCCCCUCUCUGCUGAUGCCAGAAAGAUCUUCUGUUCUGUUCUUCUCCACCUGGAGGACAUCCCAGUAUCUUCGCCUUGGUCCCCAUCUCCGUGCCGUCUUUUGCCCUUUGGGGCUGGUUUGCUCACUGCUCCACCUAAGGAAUUUAUUGUUAUUACUUCUUUCUGAUUACUUUUCUUGGGGAAAAAAGGCAGUGGAAUCAGGACAACAAAAGGGGGGGAAAUGGUGUAAAAUUCAACCAAACCCUAACCUUCCCAUCUUCCUCCUGCUUGGUUCAUUCAUGACCCUUGUUGUCAGCCACCCUUAUUUUCUUGUGGGGACAUGGGAGGAUUCUCUGGAAAUGGAGGUGGAAGACAAAGGAGAGGAGGAGCUAAAUCCAUGGGACUUCUCUGGUCACAGGGGCUUUGGGGAGUUUCUAAUGGGGAGACAGAGGGAUUGUCUUAAUCUUGCUGUUUGUUUUUUCAAAUCACCUGUUUCUUGUUUUUUUUUUUUUGUUGUUUUGUUUUGUUUUUUUGUACUUUUUGUUUUUAAUUAUCCAUUAUUGCCUUCUUCAAAAAGAGGACAUCUCUCAGUAUUGGUGACCUUGACAGUGUCGGUACCCAGCUAACUCAUGACUUGCACAGAGCAUUGUCAUCCUUGGAAAAGAGGAGGGAGAGAGAAAAAGGGAGUUGGGGGCCAGGCUUUCGUAGUAAGAGGCUCCUGCUGGCAGCCCCCCUCUGCCCAUUGCGGGGAAGACUAGAGGAGGUGAUUUUGGUGACUGCCACUUGAUCCCACAAUUACCCUUCACUCAGUGAGGGGUAUGUGCACCAUUUUUCCAAAGAUAACAAGCUAUUAUCUCAGCACCAGAGCCAAUCAAAACAUGAGCCAACUUCAAUGUACAGAAUUUUUUUUUUUUGGUUUGGAGGGGAGAGUGUUUUCUUUAAGGCUACAGUGACUCAGAUAUCCUUUCCCUCACCCCCUUCUUCCCUUCUCUUAGCCUCCUAAUUUCUCCUACUCAUCCUGGGUUCGAAGCCCUGGACACCUACACAUGUAUUCACACUUGACCAAGGUCAAUCUUAACCCCUGGGUUUUGGCUUCUUUUCUUGCUUCCUAAAUUUCUUUUUUUUAAUCACUGAAUGGUGGAGACUAAUCACUAGAGUGUUUUGUGGACUUGAACUUCCUCGGUUUAGCUGUUAUGGUCAUCAUUUAGCCCUUCAAGUAGCUUCUUGGCAGAAAACUGGCCAUUCCAGAUGUAUUGUAGGCAGCUGUGAGCUCUGCAGCCCUCACACAAACAUACGUACACACAUUCUAGUGAAUUGUUUUAUGUACCAUUAAUGCAGGUCAACUAAAAAGAUUGUCUAUUUGGGCAACUAGGUGGUUUUAAUUGAGGUGUGUCAGUGAGCCAUCUGUUUCUUGAAUCAUUUCCAUCUCUAAGACUUCCUUACUCGAUUUUCUGUGAUUCAGAGGACAUUGAGAUUUGAAACAAAAAAAAAGUGUUAAAUCUUCUGAGUUCUUAUUCCACAAUUAAGGUAACAAAUUACCACCCAAGAGAAGUAACAACCCUUGGCCCACUGUUUGCCCAUCUAAAAAACAAAUUUCUUGGUGAUACCUAAAGUUUUGUAUCUGUUUCUCCUCCAGGUUAUGUUUAGGAAAUGUUGAUGGUUGCUCUGGAGAUAGCCUGAAAAAUGCCAGCUUACUUUAUGGUUAUAUUCCAUUAGAUUUCUCAAAUAACAUCAUCUUAGACUUAAUUGAGACUUUUUAUUAACUCUAUUGGAAGACUCUAUGAAUCUUCUAGCUAGUCUGUGUCCUUUAGUUCCAUUUAAAAUUUCUGAUGAGACAGUUGUCCAACCUUACUUUGAAUACUAUCUUAAAUAAUGCAGGCUUACUAAUUCCUGGGAUAGUUUAUUCCAUCGUGAGACAAUGAUUAUUAAGUUCCUGUUUGGACCCACAAAUCUUCUUCCUUAUGGUUGUUGUCCGAUGAUAUAUUAAUUAUUUAAUACUUCUCAGACUCCCAAAACCCUUUGCUUUUAUUAUCAAUAGAUGAUGUUCCAGCUUAGGUAGUAGGAGUAUCCAUUUUCUUGUCUCAACAGAACCAUCUAGCUUGAAUUUGGCUAAAUUAUGCUGACUUCAGUACUUUCUUUUUCCAUGCUCACCCUUCCCAUAUUUUACUUUGGGGCUGGAAUAUUUCCUGUCAACAAGUGCUUCCUCGGAAAGAAAUAAUGAGAAAAGAGCUAGAGAAAAACUAGGCUGGGGAUUCUGAUUGAGGUAGGAGAAGGAAACUAACAUUCUUUCAGAAUUUAUUUUUCCUAACAAAAGAGAGUUUCUUCAAGACUUAGUUAAUUUUAAGUUUGAGAUAAUAGGUUAUAAUUUUUUAAUGUUUCCUACACUUUCUCCUAGUUUCUAUUUUCAGUCCAUAAUUGCCCCUAGAAGUUUUAUCCUGUUUGAAGUGAGACAGUUUCAGUUAUUGCCUGAGGAAGAUUUCACACUGCUGCUCUUUGCUUCUCAGGUGUAUCAAUCCUAAAUAUAAGAAGAGGCUACAGUUUAGUUAGUCCAGGCUGGAGGUAAAAGUUGACUUCUUUGUCCUUCAAUCACAAUCUUCUCCAAAGGGUAUCCUAGCUGGUUCUGAAUGACUGAUUGAAAAUUGAUUGUGACCAUGACAUGAACUUUGUCCUUGGAACCAGAACACCAGCAAGUGGUCCAGACUUGGCCAUUUUUGUGACAAUGUGGUCAUAAAUUCUUUCCCCUCUUGGAAGUUUGAAUUCCUCAUCUUUGAAAUGAGAGGUUGGGCUAGAUGAAUUUCAAGACUCUUUCUAACAUAGAAACUGUAUUUGGCUUUAAGUUUGGGAACUCUUUCAUUUCUGUUAGGUAGAAAGUACUGGUACACUUGUGCUCAUAGGAGUGUGAAGAAUUGGAUCUACAAUCAGCAUAUCUUGCCAUCUUAAACAAAACUUAUCAGGCAAAACUUCAAGAGCUAGUAGUCAUCAGCCUUAUGGAAGAUAACCCCGCAUUUUUCUGGAUAAUCCUUCUGUCCUUCCCACUUAUUUUUAGUACCUUUCUCCUGUGGGAGAAAAUGAUGUUGCUCUUAUCAGCAAGAAGAAAAAACUGGAAUGUCUGGACGUCAUCUCCAGCUUUCCUAGGGCCUUUGUAAUUUGCCCUAAUUCACACAGAUCCUGCCUUGCUGGUCCUAAGGAUGAAAAGUCUAGGAUAAAUGUAGACUCAGACUGAUUUGGGAAGAGCUGUGGAUAUAACUUGUUGCUGCGAACUUGCCCUCAUAGUGGUAAGGAAUAUUUAGUGCCUUGAGUGGGCAUCCAAGCAUAGCAUAGACUCUUCUGUUUUUUCCUUCAUGUUCCAAAGCAAGAAGUUCUCCCCCAUCUUCCCCAGGAAGUCUGAUUAUGACACUGUAGCCUUAAAUAUACCACCUCAUUUGCAUGAAUCCAUAAUAGGAUUUUAUUUGACUCAUUAAUUUGUAUUUCCUUAAACUCUGGCUUUUUUUCCUCUUGUCAUUAUUAUUGUUAUUAUAAAUAUACUGCUUGUUUGGAGAGGUGAUAUUUGGGUAAAAUGGCACAUUAUUCAAUAGAGAGUUAGGACUUUUAUUUAACCAGACAUUUAGUAUUCUCACAAAAAUCUGGUUCAAUUAAGGUGAUUUUUUUUUUGUAAUUAUUAUUAUUAUUUUUUGGUGGGACAAUCUUUAAUUUUCUAAAGAUAGCACUAACAUCAGCUUGUUAACCACCCUUUGCCCCCAAAUCCCUGUUCUGUCCCUUUUCUUCUGGCUUGGGGGGGGAAAAAAUAAGGCUAAAAUGGAACUUUGAGCAGUUAACAGCUGGUAAAUAUCCCCAGCAGUCUUGGCUGUCCAGUCCUGUAGCCUCCUCUUCUUUCUACCCCUCUGGCUCCUAAUGGGGGUCUCUUCAUCAGCAAAGCCAGGAGAAUGGCCAUGGCCUGGAGCAACACCUGGACUGUUUGUGUUUCUGAUAGAGACUGCAGUUAUCUCAGGAGAGGGCCUUAAUCAUUUGUGCACUUUGACCUCCGGGCAGUGUCUAUGUGUUCUUAUCACGCUGAUGGAAGUUCUGAGGAAAUGCCACUUGCAGAAACCACUGGGGGCUUUCUUGGGACCUCCUGGCAGCAGAAAAGCCAGAAUUCCUUAUUUGCCUCGGCCGUGCUGGUUGACAACUUCCCCCCCAAGUGAGACUUUUCCUUGGAAUCUGGCUCACCUAGUGGGUGUUUCAGAGUAUUUAUCCCGUGGUCAGUGGCACAGUUACUUACCACCCCAUUUGUCCAGCUGAGUGGGCCUGCAAGGGCCUGCUCAGAGAUGGAGAAGAUUUCCUCCGAACAGUUGACUCACACAUGCUGUUACCCAAGACAAGCCAUUUCGGCGGAGUCUCUGGGGUUGACCUCUGGCAUAUUAGUUUCUCCCAUGGGAUUGGGGGAGCCCUGGUGUUUUCCACCCCAAACUUGGGUCUGCAGCUGAUAGGGAAGCUCUUGAUGAAACCACCUUCUCCAUGGCCUCCAAAAAUGCCUCGGCAGAAUUUGCAAAGCAGUGGAUAAUCAGCUGAUGUUGUCCCCAUCACUGAAUGAAUAAGGUGCAUGAUCUAUUUUAAGUUGAUACAUAUGUGUGUGUGCGUGUAUACAUGUAUGUACUGUAGAUAUAUACACUGUAUAUAUAUCCCCACUCACAUAUACAUAUAUUAUGCCUGUAGCAAUUACAAAUGUUUUGUGUUUAUUUUUAAUCAAUUUCUUUUUUUUUUUCUGUUUUCCUGUAAAUUUGCUUCAUGUAAGCAAGUACAUAAGGACCCCUCCUUUGGUGAAAUCCGGGUUCGAAUGACUAUCUCAAGAUGAGGAGAUGCAUCUAUUUUAAGAUGCUGUUGGGUAACAGCUUUAGCAGUCCCCACUCUUUGGCAAUGCCUUAGCUAUGACAAACGUAGCUAAAUGUCUAGAAAGAAUGACGAGUAAACAAAGAGAUAAGAAAAAUGUCUAAAGCAUCACUAGGUUAAAAAAAAUCUAUUUUUGUACAAAUGUAAUUUUAUCCCUCAUGUAUACUUGGAUAAUGUGUUUGGGGAGGGGGGAGGGAGUUAUUUUGUUUCGCUUCUAGAGAUUAUUGUAUACACUUUCUUGGUAAACGUUCCAACUUGGAGAUGGAGAAUGGAAAAGAGGGAGGGAAAUCUUCCAAAAGUGUUUAAAGGCUUUAUAUGCAAUCUCUUCAGAAAUAUUUUUAUUUUAUUUUAUUAUUGUUAUUUUUGUUUCUGGAAUGAAACUUCCAAGGUGUUUUCCUCCCCCCUCUCCUGACUUCUUUUGUAAGUCCUGUCCCGUUUUCGUUGAAUAGCCUGGCAGUCCUGCAGCUCUGUUUUACUGUGAAAUCCCGUCCAUUUUUCAUUGGUCACUCAAAAAUCACCGCUGCAAAUGCUAGGAUUUUGAUGAACAGUGGGAUAGAAUUUGUUGAAUAGUGGAGUUAGAAUUGUGUCCCCCCCAAAAAAAAAAUUAAUCAUAAUAAGGGGGAGAAAAAGCAGAAACAAAGAAAAUAUCAUUUAAAACUAUCAUACAAUUCAAAUUCUUUUGUAUGGGUAUAUUUUAGUUGGAGGUUGAAACAGUACUUUGAUGAAAUUCUAUUUGCAGAGCUUUCUGAAGCUCUCCACUGUUCCCAAGCAAGGCCGCCUGCCAACCAAGUUCCUCAUGGCCUGCUUGAGUCUAAAUGUUGUGAUUAUGGCUCUUAUGGUCAAUGGUUUCCUCCCCUUGCCCAAAUCCACAGGUUUGUGGAGAAGAUGAGAGAUGAAAGAUGAGAGAGAGAGAGAGAAAGGAAAGAGAGAGAGAGAGAGAGAGAAAGAAAGGAAAGAGAGAGAGAGAGAGAGAUGGGGGCGGGGGGGGGAAGGAGUCAGUGAGUACAUUCAGUACCCACUUGAACUGGAGUCUCAUGCUGUCAUCAAACAGUUCCCAGGAGAAUACAAAAAGCAUUGACAUCCAUUUUGCUUACCAAGUGGGCAGUGGGGGGCAGUGAGCCAUGAAACUGACAUACACUGACUUUUGGCUUCCCCAUGAACUUACACAGCAUUUAGCAGUGGGUUUUUCUCCCUUUUUUUGUUUGAUUAUUGCCUUCUGGAUCAUUGAGAAUUUUGUGAUAUUUAUAUCCAAAGCAUUUGGGGGUGAAUUUUUCAUUAAGCUGGACCCAUCUCUGCCUCCUCAGUUUUCUCCUUUUACUUUGGUUUUUUUCCUCUCCCUGAAUUGGUUGAACUCCAGAAAGCUCUUCAGAAGGAUAAACUGGGCGAGUCUAGGACCAAAUGUUAGUGGAUGUUCAAAGGAAAUGGGAAGAGAGCAUCCUGUAACAUCUCUGUCUCAACCAGCUUGACACGGGCUGGAGGACACUUGUGUUUCAGUGUCUUGCUACAUCCAUGGUGUAGCUCACAAGCUGGUGAGUCAUUUUAGACCAGGCUAAAUAUGUAGUAGCAUUUGGUUUCCUCUGCAGAACCUCAAAAUACAUGAUGUAAUAUAACUGCCCGGUUAAUAACAGGUUAAUAAUAGCCACCAUCUGGCUCCAUCUCGUGUGAUAAAUGCUUUUUGUCUCCAAGCUGUCUGAGAGCCCAGGGCUGCCCCAGGUCCCCCGGGGGAUGCCUGAGCCCAAGUGGCAGGUACUGCAAGUUCUGAGAAAAGGGGAGGAACCCAGACUCUAGUCCCCAGCUGCCUCAGCCCCAUCCCACCCCACCCGGGCUCUAGCCUGCGCUGGAUAAUGCCCCAGAUCAUCCCCUCUGUGGAAUAGGGAACAAAGCUGGAAGGAUGGCCUUGAAUGUAACUGCCCUGGGCCUGGUGCAUAGAUCAGACUGUUGAGUUUACGGGUUGUAGAGGAGAAGGGCAUUUUUCUGUUCUGACGGCUAGGGGGUCGGGGAGUGGAGAGGAGAGAGACCCACCUCAGCCAGCGGCUUCUUUUGGCUGCAGCAAUAUUUAAGACCUAGGACAAUUACCCAGAGAAGGAGGGCACAGACUGCUGCUUAGUCAUUCAGGAAACGCCAAUCCCGCGUCCGCUGCCCUGCUCAAGAGUGAGGUGAAGGGUACAGGGAAAUUUGCAGAGGGCCAGUUGACAACCAAAGACAAGCCUUAGGUUUUAGCAGUUUUGGGGACCCGAACCCAGAAAUGAGCAGAAAAAGAGAAAGACAAUGGCUUUGCAGUUCCUUCCCCCCUACCAGGAUGGGGCUUAAUGGGAUUGUGAGUCCUCCCCUUCUGAGAGAUGAGGGUGGCUGCGGUCUAACACUUUGGUCUCCCCUUGGCUCCCAGCAAAUGAAUAAAUCUGUUUGUGUAACUUAAUAAAGCAAAACAAAACUGUUGAUUCCAAAUGGCUUUUAUCACUAUCACUGCUUUUCAUUUCCACUUUCUCCCUUGUUAUCGAGGCAGAUGCCACGUGGUCAUGAAUUGGGUCCUUUUUUUGUCCCAUCCACUCAAAAGGGAGUGGGAGUGGGGAGUGAAAACCGUGGGAUUAGGAGCUCUCCGGUGACCACCCCGAGAGGCUAAGAAUACCCCCAAUUAGGUGUUGCUCAUGCUUCUGCAGGGAUCAAAGCUCCUAUGCUGAACUUCUCUUGAACUUGUUGCUAUCAACUUAUUAUGUUUAAUGUAAUAAAAUCUGUUACGUAUA